GCGAGUGAGGGGGAAACCGGUUUAGUGUGUUGAUAUGGUAUGGCGUGCACCACGCUCAACACGGGUAUGUCGUCAGUUCUGGCUUGGUUAGCUGUAAUUCUAUGUCUGACUGUAUAUUGCGUGGGUUCCUCGCCUCCAAACUUCAUCCUGCUGUUUGCCGAUGACUUGGGCUUUGGGGACCUUGGCUGCUUCGGACACCCCACUUCAGUGACGCAACACCUGGACAAACUUGCCGCUGGAGGACUGCGAUUCACCGACUUUUAUGUGACCAGCCCCGGGUGUAGCCCCUCCAGAGCAUCCCUUCUGACAGGCCGCUACCAGACUCGCUCUGGGAUCUUCCCAGGAGUUCUGUCCCCCGGCUCUAGAGGGGGUCUCCCCCUAAAUGAGACCACCAUCGCUGAGGUCCUGAAGCCCCUGGGCUACAACACGGCCAUGAUGGGGAAGUGGCACCUUGGAGUGGGGCUCAACGGCACAUACCUGCCCACCCGGCAAGGCUUUGACUCCUACCUGGGCAUUCCCUAUUCACAUGACCAGGGCCCCUGUCAUAAUCUAACAUGCUUCCCUCCCGAUGUGAAGUGUUUUGGUUUUUGUGACCGUGGGGUAGUGACAGUUCCUCUGAUACACAACGAGAACAUUGUCCAGCAGCCUGUGGACUUCCUGAAUCUGGAGACGGCCUACAGCAAGUUUGCCAGCAAAUUCAUCAGAAACUCAGUACAGAAGGGCCAGCCAUUUUUCCUCUACUACCCUUCACAUCAUACCCACUACCCCCAGUUUGCGGGGCCCAGGGCAGCUGGGAAGUCCCGGAGAGGGCCGUUUGGAGACGCCCUCAUGGAGCUGGACUUAACCGUUGGAGAGAUCCUACACACACUCAAAGAGACCGGCGUGCUCAACAACACACUCAUCUUCUUCACCGCUGACAACGGUCCUGAGCUGUUGCGCAUGUCCCGUGGCGGUAAUGCUGGACCCAUGAAGUGUGGCAAAGCCACCACCUACGAGGGUGGCAUUAGGGAGCCGGCCAUCGCCUACUGGCACGGCCGCAUCUCACCAGGGGUCACUCAUGAGCUGGCCAGCUCUCUGGACAUUCUGCCCACCUUCGCCAUGCUGGCUGGAGCUCCUCCACCCAAAGUGACCCUGGACGGGGUCGACAUGUCCAAGAUCCUGUUCCAACAAGGACCAAGCAAGAGGGAGUCUAUGUUCUUUUACCCCUUAGACCCCAGUGAGAAGAUUGGUGUGUAUGCUCUCAGGAUGGGCAAGUACAAAGCCCACUACUACACAAGAGGGUCGAUCAAAAGCAGCACCACCCCAGACCAGGACUGCCACGAGACAGCACCCCAGAAGCAGCACGACCCCCCACUUCUCUUUGACCUGGAGGCCGACCCCUCAGAGAACUACAGCCUCUCCCCGCAAGAACACCCAGAAGUGGCCAUAGUGCUCAAGCACAUGCAGCAUCUCCGUGAUGAUUUCCAGGCCUCCAUGGUGUUUGGGGAGAGCCAGGGGGGGCGGGGAACUGACCCUGCUCUGGAGCCCUGCUGCAACCCCUCCUGCACCCCCAAACCGGACUGCUGCACCUGCUGAUGCAUAGGGGAUGGAAGGAAUGAAGGCCAGCAAGACAGAAAAAGGAAGACACAGAGAGAGAAAGACAAUAUGAGAAACAAGGAGGGAGGAGAAAGACCAUGAUGAUUGUAAGACUUGCAGUAAUUGGUCUAAACAUAACUAAUCAGGGAUGCGUUUCUCGAAAGCAUAGUUGUUAGCCAGUUAGCAACUUGGGUAGUUGCCAAUGGGGAAAUGCAUUGCAAACAACGAAGUAGCUAACAUAGUUAGCAACUAUGGUUUUGAGAAUUCACCCCAGAGCACCUCUGGUGCUCACUCGCAUUAGCUUUCUAGGCAUUGUUCAUGUGAAUGGGAUUGAUACAGUAUGAUGAUGUUGUAUGUAAUCUACUACACACAAUCAGCCUGUGAUCAAUCAACAUGUGUACAAUACACACACACACACCUGUCACAGAAUUCACAUUCAGCAAUCUGGGCAUUUCUCACGUUUUCACCAAAAUCAGGUACCUGCCAUUCUCAUUUGGGGGAAAACACAGGAGACUCGUCAUUGAAUUGAAUUGAAUCAUUUAAAUCGUAUGAUGUUAAAACUGUGAGAAGUGGCAACGAAUGAACAUGAAGACAAGUUGUCGCGGCAUGGCAAAAAAAAAGCAAUAUCUACGAAAAUUAGGCUUGAUUGACAUUGGAAAAUAUCCCUACGAAAUCCCUAUCUGCCCCGUUUAUGUCCCCAUUGUCCUUGAUGCAAACAAAAAACUCUUAACACUGGAACGGCAUUGUUGCGUCACUCGCCCGGAACAUUUUCGUGCCCAGAAGAAAUCCCCUGUGACAGAAUGUACGUGUACGGUCAUGCAUGCACCUGUACAUGAGCACAAGCAUUAGAAAGGGAGUUUGAUGGUGCACAUUGGUGUAUGAUAGCACACUGUAUGAGAGACUGUAGGAAUGAAAAUGUGUGGCAUGAUUGUGUUCUGUCUCCCCAAAAAGCCACAAAACCAGGCUGUUCUACUGAGUGUGGGGCAUUCUUGCUACAUUUAGGCAGCUCAUGGUUGAGCUUACUAUCAAAUACCAAGAUGUCCUCUAUUCUAGGACGCCGCACACGCACACACACACACACACACACACACACACACACACACACACACACCUGUGUGCAUUCUAGCCUCUUGCUCUCAUACAGUGUGGGAAAUAAAGCACUGUAUUCUAAGGUAAUUUUUAAAAGGGACCAGGUGUUGAUUUGAUCCUGCUUGUGACGAUGAGUAAUUGAAUCAACAUUUUAGUGAAUAUGAUUUAAUAAAUGAGUGUGUUGUUGUC